AUGUUCACACCGGAGUGCAAGUUCAAGGAGUCUGUUUUCGAGAACUACUACGUGAUCUACUCGUCCACUGUGUACCGACAGCAGGAGUCGGGCCGAGCCUGGUUCCUCGGCCUCACCAAGGAGGGGCAAGUAAUGAAAGGCAAUCGGGUCAAGAAGACUAAACCCUCAUCGCACUUUGUGCCCAGGCCCAUUGAAGUUUGUAUGUACAGGGAGCCGUCACUGCAUGAGAUAGAGGAGAAGCACCGCUCCAGAAAGAGCUCAGGGACUCCCACCAUGAACGGAGGGAAAGCUGUCAAUCAGGAUUCUACAUAGCAGCAAAGAGGAGGGGCUUCCAGCUGGGAUGGGGGAGUGGCUUCAUCCUGACUCAAGGGGCGGGGGCCAUCGGAAUACUCGCUCCCCCCCAAGAUACAUACCACUAUCCCCUCUGAAGACGGGAGCUACGUAUUACUGUACACCCGAGACAACAAAAACUGAACUAUUGCCUGUGAAAUACUUUUAGAUGAAUUAAUAUGAAACCAGAGGAUAUAUAUAUAUAUGAAAAAAAGAAUAUUUUCAAUCAGGACUUGACCAACAUUUUAUGCAAAAAAAGAAAAAAAGCUGUGAUAAACAAAGAAUGGUGGUCUCUCUUCACACAAAUACAAAUAUCUAUCAUUUCCAAUUUAUGCUGUGAAAAACAAGCUUUAAUACAUGUUCAAUUUCCACAAGGUGAGUUUUUUUUAAUCUAAAUGCUAAUGCACUCUCAUGUGCUUAAUUGUGUUAUUGCCGUCAGUAAUAUCUAUAUCAUCAUCAUCAGGUUAGGCAUUGUUUUUGAGAUCAUUUUUUAUUUUACUGUUAUUACUCCUUUAUUUUUUUUCUCUCACAGUUUGAUCUCCCAUGUACUGUCACACUACCUGCUCUGGUGUGAGGGUAAGACUGAAUGUAUUUGACAGUUCUCUAUGUUGAACUGAGACAGAGCGCUUAGGAUGGGAUAUAAUACUCAGGUGUGUACUGUACGUUAGACUUAUGAGACUAAAUGGACAGACAGAGCUGUUAGAAAUAGUUGGACACAAACUCCCCUACGUUGUCCUGCUAUGACGGGACAGGACUGAUAAAAAGCAAUAUAAUAGCAAGCGAUUGAGUAUAAUACGCUAAUACUCUGACAACACAUCGCUGUGAUUGUCAGUAGAGAAGACUGAUGAAGAAAAGUUGUUUGAGGAGGUAAAAUCGAGGGUAAAACUGUUUUAAACUGUUUCAGUAAACUUUGUAAGGUUUAUGAGGUUGUAUGUAGAGAUGUCCACACUCAUCUACUAUUCUCUCCAAAACCUGAGAAGAAAAUAAAGACCAGCAUCAGCACUACGAGCCAUGGCCAGAAAAAGGUCACUUCACAUUUGCACCUCAAGAAACACAGACCCCUUUUCUUUCCACUGAUAUCUAGGUUAUAACAACAACUCCCCAACUGUAUCUACAUACCAUCAUUCAUGCUUUUGGUCUUUACGGACGAAUUGUGAAAUAUUCCUUUCUAAAGAGGAUGUCUUUUAAAUGGAAGCUGUUUUGACAAGAGUUGUGUUUCUGUGAUUUCCUGUUUCUUUUAUUGUAAAGGCAUUAGAGGUUCCUCAGCACAGGUCUGACUGCCUGACUGUUUAAUCAUCCACCAACUUGACCUGUUGAUAUCGUCGAUUUGGUGUCGCUAUCACAGAGACUUUCCCGUCACAACGGAAGCAGAGUGCUUCAAUGAGGAGCCAGUAUAUCUGGAGUUAACCAGGUUCUAGGAAGUGUGUUUCCAUCCCAGUGAAAGCUGUUUGUUCUCUCGUACAUGGUCCUGAUUUAGUGACCCAUGAAAAGAGCCAUUUGCUCCAUUGUGGAGGAAAGUCAGGUCUGUGUAUGAGAAGGUGGAUUGACCAGUACACCGCACACACUGCGUACACUCUCAUAACUCAUUCCUAAUCCCCCGAUUAGUUCGUCUAACUCAGGAAGUCCUCCUAUUGUUCCGUGAAUGGGACGAGAUGAGCAAUGGCUGACCGCCUGUCUUCCAGCCCCCAUGGCACAAAGCCUGGCCACUGACCAGCGUGGUGUUUAAAGAGGUCGGGAUGGGGUUGAUGGUGUUUUUGUCAUUUUAAAGACAGUGUACAGCUAAGCUCAGCCAGGUUAGGAAGUUUGAUGAAGGGACAAGAGGAGGUCUGACAAAGCAUGAACAUUGCAUGAUUGUAAAAGUUGAUGUUAGCUUUGUUUGAUUUUGAGGUGAGAGCAGGAAGAAUUGUGGAAGAAUAGCUGCAAAACCUUUUAAUGCAACAUUUUAAUCAGUAUUUGCAGCGAGAGCUCCUACAUCUCUCCUGUAACUGUUUGGAAAUGUUGUGCUGGGUUGGUGGUAUGUACAGUAAAUAGCACACAUUCAGCUGCACAGAGCAAAGCGCAGUGAUAUAUCAUCAUGGAUCUGGGAGAGUCUUCCAUCUGGGGCCUGGAUCCAUCGCUGGUGCAAAUAACCUGCAAGAGCUAAUGGUAGAUUAGUUCAACUUCCACAGCACCUACAGCAUUACAGAGAUACACACAGUAUAUUUGACUCUGAAAGUCAACAGGCAAGACCAGCAUAUAUCAGAAUGUUUUUUAUAGAGGUUUAUAUUGGUGCAAAUGAGAUACAUGUGGAUUCAAAGCAAUGCAUGAAAUUGGAUGUACCCGGUGUCAACUGUUGAACGAGAGACCUGGAGGAAGAGAUGAGGAAAAGAAAGGAGGUGAAAACAGAUGAGCAGUAACGCAGAGCACUUUUGGUGGGUUUAUCGAUGUAUGACAGGGUGAGCGAAGGUUUCGGUUGUACGUGGUAUCAAGUAUAAUUUGUUACUUUUAUGUUUGCAGAGGAUUUCACUGCAUCGGAACACGCUCAUAUAUGCAUUAUGAAUUGUGAGAUGAA